AUGAGCAUGGCGGACCAAAGCAACCAUGCAAAGCGCGUCUCAAUGGCGUACAUCCUCGGCUUCAGCGAUAAGCCAUUCAAAGAGCAGAGACCCCCACCACCACCCCAGCCGCCCAAGCCCAAUGCAUUCGCUGACAUGGUUACCACUCCCGGCGGAGUCGUGGAGUGGGUAGCAAGCGAUGGCCGCCGAGGCAAGCUCACCGGCUCGGGCAAACCCCGUCUCACUGCAGAUAACCUUGCCAAGGUCCCAUCGGCGAAGCAAUCGGUGCGAGCGGCAUCAGCCAAAGCUCCGUCCAAAGCACCAUCCAAGAAGUCUGCCUCAAAGAAGGGCGACGUAGUUGAAGACACUGGCGACAUGCUUGGUCUAUUCGGCGCGCUUGCACCCGACGCCGAGAAAGCAAGCGUAAAGUCGAAGAAGUCCUCCAAGUCGAAGAAGGAGACUCCCGACUCUGACGGCUUUACUCAGGAGCAAGAUGCCAAGAUUCUGGAUAUGAAGACGAACAAUGCAGGUAUCAGUUGGGCUGUCAUUGGCGAAGAGAUUGGCAAAGCAGGAAAUGCAUGCAAAGAUCGCUUUAAUACUAUCAAGCCCAAAGACUGGAAGCCGGCCAAUGUCAAGGGCGGUGGCGGGAAGCAGAAGAACAAGGAUAAGAACCAGGACAAGGGCAAGAACCAGAACCAGAACCAGAACCAGGAGGAUAAGGAAAAGAAGGAAGAGAAGAAGGAUGAGCCAUCUGGUGGAGAUGCAGCCAAUGCCUGGAAUGCAGACACUGGUGAAAAUUGGGUUACUGAUGCGAAUGCUACUGGAGGCGAGAAUACUUGGGAAGCCGCUGGGGACGCGAACAAUAAUACUUGGGGAGCUGGUGGCGACGUGAGUGGCGGCAAGGGAGAUUGGGGAGCACCUGGCACUUCCGCUGAUGCCAAUGGCACUGGUAACGGGGGAGGAUGGGACGGGGCCAACGAUUCUGGGCCAGGCGGUGGAUGGGGAGACACAAAUAUAGGAGGUGGAGACGCUGCUACUGGAGAUAACGGAUGGAACAACAAACCUGACGGCGGUGGAGAUGCAGGGAACUCUUGGGACAAUUCAGGUAACACUGGGGUUGCUGGCGACGUAUGGACUACGAACGCCGACCAGAACAACAACAAUGGCAUCGCCGAGGCCAACCCGUGGAACGCUCCACCUGCCGUAGCUGUGUCUGAACCCAAAGUCCCCACCCCAGCACCUACCAUCCGCACCCCUUCCGAGAAGGGCUCCAAAAAACCGUCUAAGAACGGCUCUGUACAUGGUUCCGCAAAUGCUGCGAGAGCCGCCCCCCUCGAGUUCGAAGUCAAGCCCAACGACACGUUUUCCGGCGAUGACUUACGCUUGAUUGCGAAGAUCUUGCAGCAGGAUUCUCAGAUGGUGUGGGAUAGGCUUAGUUGGAGGUUUCGUGAUAAGACGGGUAGGACACUGCAUCCGGAAGUCUUUGAGGAGAAGAUCACGGGUAGGGUGGAGGGAAAGGAGAGGGAGGAGAAAAGAAGGGGCGAGAGAGAUGAGAAAAAGAAGAGAUAG